ACCACGGCUGCUGUCAUAGGAGGACUGGAUGACAAUCUCUUUCGCCUAUUAGGACAUUGGAUUUGAAAGACAGCUUUCAGCCAUUUUAUCAUCGGUAAACUUUCGCUCUUCCUAUCCCUUUUCAUUUUGAACAAUGACUUCAUGAAGUAGGCUUACAAAAGCUAAAUACGCCAGGUUUGGAUAAGAUAACAGUGGCUUUUAUUGACGCCAGUUUCCUGCUUUCGCACUCAAUUCUAGCGUGUGACGACAGGGAUAUGGAGUUUGGGGAAGCAAAUAAACUGGUUCGCAUUUUGAACUAUUUACACGAUUUAUCAGUCUACUGCAGCUAAACUGUUAAAUCAAAUAGUUUAUUUAAUGUUCCAGAACGUAUACGCAGUAGCCAGUGAUAGUGUUUUUAUUAGGGAGUGAGUAUCAUUCAUAACCCCCCCCCCCCUAAAUUUCGUGUUGUGGCAAAGCUGGUGAAAUGACCAGAAAUCGGGUUGAAAUCACAAACAAGAGGUCGAAUAGAAGGUCCUAUAUUGCUACAUGGAAUCUGGAACUACAAAUGCAGUGUAGAUAAAGUGAUGAUCGAUGUCAUUGUACAGAUACAAUGUUGCUGAUGGGACACAUUCCUAAUGUUGACAUGUAGGCAGUGAUUUUCUCAUUUUGUUGACACACAUGGCUAUCAAAAGAAGUUGUACUACUUAGCUAGUGCCAGGUGCAUCAGCUUACCAAAGCAUACAGGAAGCACACAGACAAGUCUCAGUUUGAGAGAGUGGGCUAUAAUCUUGGGAGAUGACGGAUGGACACAUUGGGAAGAUUGGAACCUGUGACCAUGCAGUCUAAAGACACCAUGGAGCAAGGCUUCAGCUUCAGCACACUGAAGAAGCUGGCAGCCGAGCCAGACCACACGGACGUGAGCCUGACGGCGGCAGAGCGCGUGCGGGCCCUCAGCAAGAUGGGCUGCAGCAUCGAGAUCAACGAAGAGAUCACGCCACGCCGCUACUUCCGGUCCGGGGUGGAGAUGGAGCGCAUGGCCGCCGUGUACCUGGAGGAGGGCAGCCUGGAGAAUGCCUACGUCCUCUACAACAAGUUCAUCACUCUGUUUGUCGAGAAACUCCCCAGCCAUCGAGACUACCAGCAGUGCAGUGUGCCUGAGAAACAGGUGAUAAUAAAGAAGUUGCAAGAUGUCGCAUUUCCGCGGAAAGAUCAAUUGAAGAAGCUCCUCCACGAGAAGUACAACAAGGAACAAACAGAGUAUCUCAAAAGUCAGAGCCAGGCGGUGGUGGCGGAUUGCUGCGGCCAGCAGCUGCAGAAGAUGUCUCUGGUUGAGCAGGAGAGGCAGAGGGUGGCGCAGCUGCGCAGGAUGCAGAUGGAGUCGGAGCAGUUCCGCUACUUCGAGGACCAACUGCGCAGACAGGAGCUGGCCAAUCGCAGAGACGAGGCGGUCGCUAAAGUGCCUGAACAAACAGACGGGGCCUGCCUGUCCCACUCCUCCAAGAACCAUGUUCGUCUCGACCCAAACCGCAAUAAACAGCUUCUCCCCAGCAGCAAGCCAGCAGCUACACUGGCUGGCGUACAUAAUCAACGGGUUGAGGGCCUGAGGCGGGUGGUCAUUCCUAGAGACCUGACCUACAGGUUUCUACUGCUAGCCGACAGUAACACAGCCAGGGGAAUAGAGACAUGUGGGGUACUCUGUGGAAAACUGACUCAAAACGAGUUCAUGCUGACCCACGUGGUGGUGCCCAAACAGUCAGCCGGCCCAGACUACUGUGAUAUGGAGAACGUGGAGGAGCUCUUUAGUUUCCAGGACCACCACAACCUACUGACUCUGGGCUGGAUCCAUACCCACCCUACCCAGACGGCCUUCCUUUCCAGUGUUGACCUGCAUACACACGGCUCCUACCAGCUCAUGCUGCCUGAAGCCAUCGCCAUCGUCUGCUCGCCCAAACACAACGAUACGGGGGUGUUCAGACUCACCAGCUCUGGGAUGGGGGAGGUCGCUGGCUGCAGACUGAAGGGCUUUCACCCACACUCCAAGGACCCGCCGCUCUUCAGCAUCUGUAGGCAUGUUGUUAUAAAGGACUCGAAAACAACAGUGCUGGACCUCCGGUGACAGCGAGGGGAAGACAAGACACCCACAACCCGGAACUCCUAUUUAUUUUUUUAUUUAACUAGGCAAGUCAGUUAAGAACAUAUUUUUAUUGACAAUGACGGCCUACAGUGGGUUAACUGCCUUAUUCAGGGGCAGAAAGACAGAUUUUUACAUUGUCAGCUUGGGGAUUCGAUUUAGCAACCUUUUGGUUACUGGCCCAACUCUCUAACCACUAGGCUACCUGCCGCCCCUACACUCUAACCACUAGGCUACCUGCCGCCCCUACACUCUAACCACUAGGCUACCUGCCGCCCCUACACUCUAACCACUAGGCUACCUGCCGCCCCUACACUCUAACCACUAGGCUACCUGCCGCCCCUACACUCUAACCACUAGGCUACCUGCCGCCCCUACACUCUAACCACUAGGCUACCUGCCGCCCCUACACUCUAACCACUAGGCUACCUGCUGCCCCUACACUCUAACCACUAGGCUACCUGCCGCCCCUACACUCUAACCACUAGGCUACCUGCCGCCCCUACACUCUAACCACUAGGCUACCUGCCGCCCCUAC